GAGGGGGGAGGACUCCGAGCCUGGCUUGAAUAUUGUUGUCCACUCUCAGUCUUCACUGAAACUUUAUGAACUUUUAAUUCCUGCCACCGUUUUUUUUUUCCUUCCAGCGGUGAAAUGACGGCCCCCGGCAGCUCUGCGGCCUUUGAGGGGAUGUACUCCCAGCUGAUAGAAGACGAGCGCACUUACGACGAGCUCAACCGCAGGACAGAUGUGGGACACAGCGUCUCCCCGGUGAAACUGCCCCCCAGGAUGAGCGGCCCCGGGCCCUACCGCUUCACCACCUUCUGCCUGGCUGCGCUGUGUGCCAUCCUGUUGAUCGCCAUCGUAGCUGUCACUGCACACUAUAAAAACAAACCUCAGGGCGGUGGUGCAGUGACCCCAGAGAUACAGAAGCAGACUCAGGAUGUGAACAUGUCGGCUCUGAUGUCCUCCGUCAGAACCCUGCAGCAGGAGAAAACGCAGCUGCAGAAAGAGAUGGACGAGCUGCAGGCCAAACUGGACGCCAUGAUGGCCUCUAAAGCACCUGAGGUGAUGAAACCGACGGGGGCGGCGCCGGCCCCCAUCGUUUGCCCCGUGGAUUGGCAUCUCUUCAACAACAGCUGUUACUUCAUCUCCAGAGACUCGAUGGAUUGGCCAGACAGUCAGUCGUUCUGCCAGAGCAAAGGAGGUCACCUGGCUAUCAUCCACACGGCCGAGGAACAGACGUUUGUGUGGGAUCUUCUUCCCAGAGGCCACUGGAACGCCUACUGGUUUGGGAUCACUGACGAAUACACGGAGGAUAAGUGGAAAUGGGUGGAUGGCACUCCACUGGUUGGAGGUUUCUGGGAGGUCGGCGAGCCCAACAACCACAUCGACGAGGACUGCGGCUACAUUGUGAAGACACUGGUGCUGGAGCGAGUGGCGACACGGAGCUGGUAUGACGCCCCCUGCAUGAUGAACUGGCCCUACAUCUGUGAGAAAGAGAUGGGCACCGGUGCCAGCACCGCCACGCCACACUGAAACAUCAACACCACUUACCAAAGCGUUGCACCACCGUGAGACUUAACGACUAAAAUAACAUUGGUUAGAGCUGCAUAACCUCACUCAGUCUAAACGUCAUGAAUACUAACAAACACACAGGAAUCGGCAGUUAAUGGUAAUAUUUCUCUUGACCAACUUAAACUGUUAUUGUUGGAAGUUAUUUCACAGCUUGUGAUUCUGUUCUUCUCCAGUUAUAUUCAGUCGAGUUACAUAUGUGAUUCCUUUUGAUGGAACUGCACUUUAGAUAUUUUUUGUAACUGAUUUACUCCAAACUGAAGUCUUUACUGCUUUGCUGAAGUUUUAACGGUGCAAACUGAUUUAGUAAUUCCCCAUUUGAAACUGCAGGUUACUAAGAACUUAACAAACUUUAUUUAUGUAAAGUUUUUGUUACUAUUAUGAAAAGCAGCCAAUGUGAGUACCAGCCAAUUUCAUCAGUCUUUUAUUUGGUAGACUGAAAUAAACAAAUACAAAUGCAAUAAUAGCAUUUUAAGAACUUCAUCACACCUGAACAGGAGGUCAGUGGCUGCAGUUUGUUGUUUAUCAGUUACUUAUAAUUUUACAUAUAAAAAUAUUUUUACACAUAAAAAUAUACAUAUAUAUAUUUUUUAAACAAAAAGCUGAGCCACGUUCUGAAGGACUGCAGUGCUUCUACGACUCAGUGUGAGCGAACGUGUGACGUGGUCGUCGUCCUACAGUGUUUCUGUGCCUUAAUAAAUAAUAAUUAUAGAUAAUUAAAGUCAUAUUUUCACCUGCUUGUAUUUUAGAAUUUAUAGACGAGGGACUCAAGAUAACGAAAAAGAAAGAAAGGUAAAAGAAAGGUAAAUAUGAGCGAGUGUCGGUAUCUGAUCUAAUCUGCUGUUACCUCAGUGAGAAUGAUCAGUUUGAAUUUGAGGCACUUUUGUUCUGUUGAUUGAGUCUUAAUUAAUCAAAUAUGUGAAAUUACAGAAAUGUGCCAUGUGAA